CGAAGCCCUAUUUACCCAUAUGUUAUUCUCAUCUCUUUUGGUUACAAUAUCAUUUUGAAAAGUAGCAAUAUGGCUGCUUCUGGUUUCCCAGCAUCUGUAGUUCAGUGGGGUGUUCCAACCCCUCAGGAAGAUGGUGAACCUUCACAAGCCAGCUAUGUGGAACCAGCUGGAUACAGUGCAAGUAAUGUUCUCUGUGUUCCCGUGACAGGAGAGGCAUCCAGUCCACCCCAGUCAGAAAAUCUCUGCCUGCUGGCCUCAGCAGGCACAAACACAUCACCUGCUGUACAAUGCAUCAUUUGUGGCCAGUAUACGAGUGAUCCAGCUCUGAAGUCCUCUCAGCUGGCACCUUUUUCUCAGAGGUCCUCUGUUGAACUAGAUGGUGUAUCACUAGAAGUGAGUUCAGUUUGCCACAGCUGUGCCAGCCUUUUUCAAAGAGUUGAUUACCAUUGCAUGCUGGCAAGCAGAAUCAGGCAUGGAUUGAAAAAAUGUGCUGAUGCCAAACACAGUUUUCAGGUGCCGGGGGACUUUAUCCAGCUGCAGUGCAGCCUCUGCCCGGCACAGGUGUCGGACCGGCGCGCCCUGGCAGCCCACCUGAGCUCCCACCUGCAGGGCGGUCGGCUGCCGUGCGCCGCCUGUGGGCGCAGCUUCUCCGGCUGGCAGACGCUGCGGCGGCACGCGCUGGCCGCCCACCAGGGCGCACUGCUCAGCCGCUGCCAGCGCUGCCCGGCCGCCUUCAGCUCGUCCGCCAAGCUUGUAGCGCAUAAGCUGGCGCAGCACGGCGUCGCGGAGAGUCUGCGCCGGCACCGGUGUCCCGUCUGCCGGCGCCGGUUCGGCCGCGCGCACCGGUACGCCGCGCACCUGCGCACCCACGGCGCUCCGGCGGCGGCCGAGCUGCGGCGCACGCUGGCGGCACUGGCUGCCGGGCGGACCGCCGAGCGCGCCGCGGAGCCCGCGCCUGUGGCCGGUGGCGGACGGACUCAGGACGGCGGUACGCUGGAGGGUCGCCGGCCGGCUGAGCACAGGGUGGAGAGCGAGGAGGAGUGGCAGAGGUCGGACGAGGACGGACUGAUCUCUGGUGAGGAUCGGUCUCCAGACGAACCGCCUGUAUCGGACGGCGACGCGGGAGCUCCAGGGGAUGGUUGUUCGGACUCACCCGCACAGACAGACGUACGAGACUCAGCAGCGCCCAGUCAGAUGUCUGCCACUGCUGGCGACGCGGUCGGGUUCUCCUGUGACCAGUGUGACAAAGUGUUCAAGCGUAAACAGUCACUGGAGCGGCACGUCAGUGCCAUGCACAAACCGUCGGAGAACCUGAGGUGUGACGAGUGUGGCAAGUCGUUUAGCAUCAGGUUCUACUGGCAAAAGCACAUGAACCGCCACCGCGCCAAGCGGGAGCAGUGUGUCAAGUGUGGCCGUCAGUUCGUGAACGGCCGGGCGCUGAAGAGGCACAAGUGCGUGGCGGAGGAGCUGGCCGCCGAGCUGGAGGCGUCGGAGCCGGCUCCGCUGACUCGGACGGAGCCGGCUCCGCUGACUCGGACGGAGCCGGCUCCGCUGACUCGGACGGAGCCGGCUCCACAGUCACAGUCAGAGCCGGCUCCACAGCCACAGCUGCCCCAGCAGCCACAGUUGGAGUCGGCGACAGCGACCGGCGCCGGCGGUCCGUGUCCGGUCUGCCAGUGCCGGCUGGGGACCGGUGAGGGCUCACAGGGCGGCCUGGACCCGGCGGACGGCGGGCGGCCAGCAGCCCCCUGCACCUGCGGCCCUUCACAGCCAGCGGCCGCUGCAGAGGCGGCGGUCCCCUCCACCCCGGGCACCCAGUACACGUGCGAGACCUGUGGCGAGUCGUUCGCCACGCUGGCGCGACUCAGCGUCCAUAACCGGUCUCAUCACGAGCCGCGUGCGCACAUCUGCCGCACCUGCGGAGCCGUGUUCGCGGCCGCCUCCGAGCUGCGCAAGCACAGCUUGCAGCACCGAGAGCGCAGCUACCAGUGCUCCGUCUGCGGCAAGUGCUUCCGCUGGAAGAACAACCUGGACAUCCACGCGCGUAUCCACGCCGACGAGCGGCCCUACCAGUGCGACAUCUGCGGCCACGCCACGCGCUGCUCGGCCAACCUGCGCCUCCACAAGCAGCGCGUGCACUCGGCACUGCGGCCACACGUGUGCCCGCUCUGCCAGAAGGGCUUCAAGGAGCGCUACAGCAUGACGAUCCACAUGCGCAGUCACACAGGCGACCGGCCCUACGUCUGCGAGUUCUGUGGCGAUGGGUUCGUCACCAAGGGGAAACUCAACAGCCACAUGAGCAAACACUCUGAGCGGCGGCCCCACGAGUGUCCGCUCUGCCUGAAGGCCUUCAAGACGGCGGCUAUCCUGGGCAAACACUGUCGCAAAGUGCACGGCAUGGCUGUGGAGGAGGCGGCAGCGCGUGCCGGUCGUCCGCCCCCGCCCCCGCCCCCGCCGGAGGCUGCACCGCUCAAUCACCAACUAGGGACGCACCAAUACCUGACUGGUUAGGUCGCUUAACAAUGAUGUGUACCACUGUUCAACUAUCUGUAGGCCCUUUCGAAUCACUGCACCAUGUGCUCCAUUAUGAGAAACGAAGGGAUAUGUUUGUAGGAUGCUAUUGUGCUUCCAGUAGACCAGUUUUAUUGGUAUCGAUCAUCAGGAUGCUGGGCUGCAGUGGCGUAUCCAAGGGGGGACCCUGGGGGUCCUAGGGUCCCCCCUGGAGCAAAAAAAAAUUUUUUUUUUUACUCGAAAAAAAUUGAAAACACUUUGAGGGCCCUUUUCACCACUUACAUUUUUUUUUACAUAAUGAAAAGUAUCAAUUACAUUUCUAGGGACCCUUUUAG